UUAGUAAGUAAAUAAAGGUUGAACCGUUGUUUUCUGUAAAUAUUCUCGAAAUUUUUAAAGCUGUAGCCUUCAAAUACUCCGCUGUACCACAUAUUCAGUGAUAAGUCAUUUUCAAUUCGUUAAGAGCGGUCGAAGUUUGUAAAAGCUGCAAAAAUGUUGAAGAAGAACGCGAUUGUAAUUCUUCUUGUGGUACUUCUCACAGUGAGUUCCAUAAAUUGCUUAUUGGUUUGCAAAAAAGACACCUGUGACCAUGUUAAAUGUGAAAAUGCCACUCAAGAAAAUUGUAACAAGCCCAAUCAGGAUCUGAGAAAAGGAGGAUUUUGUGAAUGUUGCACUGUUUGUUUCACUACACUAGCUGAAAACGAAGAUUGUCCUCAAUUGCUUUCUACCAUUGGAGGUCCACCACCAACAGUUGCUUGUGGAGAAGGUUUGAAAUGUGCCAAUGGAAAAUGCAUCAAGUAGUAAACGCUACCUUUGGAUAAUUGAGAUUUGAAUAUUUUCAGUUUUACAUAUUUUAAAUCUUAUAAUUUUUAUUAGAAUAGAUAUGUUACAUUGAUA